GCAAUAGAAAUGCUGAAAAUGUGCUGAGUCAUGAAAGCUAUGUGAUGACUCAGCCUUGGGAAAGCGGGAUCGAAGAUUUUCUAUUUGAUGUGGAAGAUGAUGAUGUCAUCAUUGAUGAUGUCAUACCACAAUUAGAUGGUGCAUCAGACGAACAAAAAGAACCUGUAAAAAAGAGGCUUGGUACUUCACGUAGACAUACAUACCAUCAUACCACACCCCCACCUAUUACUACAUUGGAAACCGACAAAAACCAAAGUUGUUCAAAACCCAUGACUACCACCUCUGGGGUGCAAGCUGAUGUGUCAGAAAAUUUUCAAAAUUCACGCCGUCUUAGUUCCAGCGACCCAGAACUGGCGAAAAAAAGCAAAAAAACUGUUGACGAUGCAGUCAUUUUGUUGCCAAGGGCAAAAACCAAGUUUUUACGCCAAAACUCGGUGCCGCUGGACAAGAACCCUUCUCGAGACAUUAACAGCAAUAUGUUUUCUACUUUCCAAGCACUUUUAAAUGGAAUUAACCCCAAAAUCAAGCUCCCUGUUCCUCUGUCAAGCACCCCUUCUAAGAAAACUCUGAAAACUUCAAAAAAUUUAACCCCCAUAAAAACCUUAAAAACUACGUAUAACGUACCGGAAAAAGUUACAGAAAAAGCGGCAAUUGUACAUCCUGUUUUAAAACCACGACAGAAGAUACCCCCUAUACCCCAACCAGUGCUAAUCCCUGACGUAGAGGGGGCUUCCGUCACUUUCUCCCAACAAGGAGCUGCCGUAGCCUCGUGGGGGGAGGAUGAGUCAGCAAAUAUUGAGAAAAAUGAUGACAGUGCAGAAGAAUCAUCGCACAGAGUGUCGUUGCGACCACGAAGGGCAAAACAAAUUUCAAAGUGCAGUUACAUGAAUGACCCUCAGUAUGAGACUGACUUCGGGAGCGAUUGGGAAGACUUUGCCUUUGAUACAAACACUUUUGAUCCGGAAGAGCCAUCUGCAUCCUGGAGGUCCAGGAGCAAAGGAUCAGCUCCUAACAUUGAGUCCAAGGUGGAGGUUGGGAGGAAGAAGAGUUUAAGGAAGAGGACGAACAAACAGAAAAGACGAAGAUCAAAGCAGGAGAAAGAUAAAGUGAUAAUAAAGUGGAUCAUUACACACAGGUUCAAGGGAACUCAGAAAAUGAUGGUCAAGCUAUGGAAGAUAGGAAACACCAAGCGCGUUCGUUUAACGCCCGAGUUGCUCAAGAUAUAUGAUCUCUAUUCUCCCAAGCGACCGGUAGGGAACAGCGCUGAACACUGCAACCAAGUGUUUAAACAGCCGCCAUCGAUUCCGAAAAAAUUAUCUUCAAAAGUACCGAAAGGAAAACGGACAAAAGAAAACGUGGUGACUUUGUUUCACCCAUUGGACACCCGAAAACCGUUGCCCGUAGCAACCAACGUGCCUGGCCAAUUAAAUUCCGAUUCUUUAAGUUUAAGUAAAAUUGAAAACGCUCCAGAAAAUUAUGGAAAAGAAAAAAAAUCAACUGAAUCUGAAAUUUCCGCAGUUGCUGCCCUGGAUGUUAAGAGUUCAAAUACUGGCUCUGAUCUGGUUACACAGGAAAUAAAGGAGACCAAAAUUGAGGAUAAUUUUAACUAUGCAAGCCUAGAAAAAGAAGAAAAUUAUGAAAUUAUCGGCAAAACUUUAGUAAAAUGCGAUUCUGUGCCACAAGUUACGUCUUCCGUGAAAAAACGUUCGUUAAAAAUGAAGCCGAAGAAAAAAACGAAUGUUUUGCCUGUUGCAAACCGCACUCUAACACCUGUCAAUCAAACUUUGGCAGUUCCAUCUUCUGUCAUUCAAACAGGGACAGUUGAUUCACCUGUCAAUCAAACUUCAGCAGCUGCUUCACCUGUCAAUCAAACUACAAUAGUUGAAUCACCUGUCAAUCAAGUUAAAGCAGUUAGACCACUUGUCAAUCAAGCUACAUCAGUUACAUCACCUGUCAAUCAAACUUUGGCAGUUAAAUCACCUGUCAAUCAAACAGGGUCAGGUGAUUCACUUGUCAAUCAAACUACAGCAGUUGAUUCACCUGUCAAUCAAACUACAACAGUUGAAUCACCUGUCAAUCAAACUUUGGCAUUUAAAUCAUCUAUUAAUCAAACUACAGUAGUUGUAUCAUGUGUCAAUCAAACUGCAGCAGUUGUAUCACCUGUCAAUCAAAAUUCAGGUUCUAUUUCACCUGUCAAUCAAUACUUUGAACCUAUUUUAUUAGUUGAUCAAAAUUUGGAGGCUACACCGUCAGAUGAUAAUAAUUUAGCAUUAGUUCCACCUGUCAAUCAAAAUUUGAAACCAAUUCUAUCUGUCAAGCAAAACUUGGAUCCCAAUUCAACUAUUAAUAAAAAUUCAGAAUCUAUUUCAACCGUCAAUCAAAAUUUGGGGUCAAUUUCACCUGUCAAUCAAAAUUCAGGAUCCAAUUUAUCUGUCAAUCAAAAUUUGGGGUCAAUUUCAUCUGUCAAUCAAAAUUCAGGAUCCGACUUAUCAGUCAAUCAAAAUUUAGAGUUAAUUUCAUCUGUCCAUCAAAACUUGGGGCAUACUUUAACUGCCAAUCAAAAUUUGGGGCAUUUAUCACCUGUCAAUCAAACAACAAGUAGUCAUAACAUGACAUGUGUCACGAGUGUCCGUGAAUCCAGAUUAGAUAACAGCAAUGUCAGCAUUCCUAAUCAGGAAAUAAAGGUUGAACAGCAAGCUAAAGAUGUUUCCUUUUCUGUCAAUCAACAUGAACCUGUCAAUCACCCCACACCAACUGUCAAUCAAAAUAUAAACUCAGUAGUAAUAGAAAGUACACCGAAUCAAGAAAAAAACACAGAAAAAACUUUUUUCGAAACUAUUAAACGUAAUUCUCAAAGUUCUAAAAUUAAAGUUGAACUAAAACUCAUUGAUAGCGAAACUAUAUUAAAAACUGUAGAACAAGUUGAUGUUAACUUUGGACCUGCACUGGUAAAGAAUGAUACAGAAAUCAACACAGAGUUGGACCCAUCAACAACAGAUUCUGUUGAUACAAGUUUCAACAAGCAAGAUUUGGAUACAACUUUAAAUGAAAGCCUAAAUUCAACAGUUGAUAUUUCUGUUGAUGUUGAUAAAAUUGCUGAUUUAACGAUGGAGAGCAAAAAGACCACCCCGCCUAGUGACCAAGUAUCUUUAGCGAAGAAAUAUCUUCCAACUAGAAGGGUAACACGCCGAAGUGUAAAAGUCCGUAUGACAUCCCUACAAAAAGUGGACUGGAUGUUUACUGAUAAAACGGACGACAGCAAGGACUUAAACCUGGUGCAUAAUGUGCUGGAGAAAUUAGCUUUCGAACCACCGGGCAUACAUACCCAACAUAGCAGGGAAGUUUCACCACCAAGAGCCUGGUCACCAAUGGUACAUCAAACAAACAACAUUCCUGUCACAAAUCUGCCACCUUUGCAAGCAGACGAUCAUAUUCUCGACAUUACGGAAUCUAUGUGGAAAGAAAUGGACGACAUGAUUUCUAUGAAACCGCCAUACCGGAACCACUCGGACGAGGACAAUCUUCUCAGCCACUUGGAUGCGCUGUUGGAAGAUGAUGAACUCACGUCGCACAGCGAGGCACUUUCCUCACAAGUUGUAGACCAAAUGGAGCUUGACACUGAACUAAUUGACGCUCUCUCUGCCACUAACGAUGUUACAACCCCCGCUGACAUUUACCCCUACCCCACCCUCAUGUACCCCAUGCCCGCAUCCAUAACCUCAACGUCUCGCGCAGUCCCAAAUAAACGAACACUAGAAGAACAGCUACAUAAACAAAUGCAAGCAGUUUACCUACAGCAACAAAUGCUCGACCAAAACAACUUUAGGCAACAAAAAGUCCCACAAAACAACGAUUACUGGUUAAACAAAUGCAACCCUGAAAGAAGCAUGGCCAAAAACCUCUCCUUCGACCAUAAGGACCUUUUAGGUGAAGUGUGCCAACAAGUUUUCUCAGACAGCCGUCUCAGUUUGCCCCCAGCACAAGAAGCAAGCUACGACAUCAGAGUGAGUGCUCAUGUCAGUCAGAACCCUCCAAGUUUAGAGUUUGUGGCGUCCCAGCCUUUUCCGAUGGAAAACCAGGCGAAUAACUUCAUUUACCCGCCUCAGACGUUUAAAAAACCAUCCCAACCAAAUACAUGCAAAACAGCUUCAGCCUGCAUGCCUCAAGACCAGGAAACAAUGAUACAACUUCAACCUCCAGUUCCAGCAAAUCCAGUCCAGGUCCUACACACCCACGUUCACCACCAUCAUCACAUACAUUCUCUGAAAACAGACGCUGACACGACCAUGCCUAUGUCCCCGCCCAUCAAAACGAACUUUUUCGGCAAAUCUGAGCUCACCAGCCCCCCCGAGUGGCCUCAGAGCGCUGUAAAAUCCGACGUGAGAGGUUUUAACGCAGAGCAAUCGAAUGUUGAAGUACCAGUUUCUAAACCUACAUGCACUGUACCCAAAACCCGAAAGGCGUCUACGUUUUCGAUCAUGAUGAAACCAACCUGUCAAAACGGCGAUGAGAAGUACUGGUUACAAGUCCAAAUGCAACAUGGCAUACCAUGGAAUCAGACUAAAGCCCUAAAACCAACCAAAAAGAAGCCCAAAAGAAAAGACCCUACUCUAAAGUCUAACCUGAAAACCAAACUGAUAAAAGAUGCCAAAAAGAUGAUCCCACUUUGCCCCGAUCAGGAGCACAAAUCUAAAAAAGCGAAAACUCCAUAUGGGAUGAUGAAGAGCAAAUCCGGGAGCAAAGAGAGCAACAUCCUCUUCCCUGCUCCCAAGAUGAGACCUGAGAUGACGGUCCCAUCCGACACUCCCACUAUCUCACUGAGCAAUGUGGAAAAGAAAAAAGACGUUGGGAAUGAAUUUGACAUUUCACAGGAAAUGUUUCCGUCUUCCACUACAAACGUAUCGCCAAAAGAAACUAAACCAGAACCGCUCGUUAAGACACCUGUGGGCGACAAAGAGAAGUCUCGAAAAAAGAAAUCGCGACCAAAAAAAGAUGUCAAAUUAACAGACCAAGUUCCUGAUGGUUAUUGCUCCAAAUUCACUACUGUGCCGUUGGUGACAGCUCAGCAGUUUCAAAAGGUGAAAACCACGGGCGAAAAGUUUUGGGCAAAACUGCCGAAAAUUAACGAAAACCAGGAGUUGAUAUUGAAUUACGAAACUGGAAAUUGGGAUAUUGUUAAUAGGAAAAGAAAUUUUGAAAAAGACAAAAUUUCUCAAGCGGUUGACUCCGUAAAAUUAGCAGUCCAGCCCAGUCAUACACUUUGUACAGUUACGGAUAGUUCUGUAAUGAACAAUAUACUUCCUGGUUCCACCCAAAGCAUUAUUUCUUCAAGUUUCCCCACAACUAAACCUUCAGUAACAAAUUCUUGCCAAAAACGCUCACUGUCGAAAUUUAAAUUUGCCGAAAGUGGAAUUUCCACGCCCAAGGUACCUAAACGUGGAGAAUACUUUGUCGCGAAUGUGGAUUUUGCAUCCAGCGCUCCUAAAUUGAAACUAACACUUAAAAAAGAGCCAAAUUCAGCAGAUAAUCAAGCAGAAGGGCUAAACAAAGUGCAUUGUGCUGGCAAUAGUAAACCACUUGUAACUGAGCCCCUUGAAGACAAGAUUUUGAUUCCGCAAAUGAAAAGAAAAGGCAAACCAGUAUGUUUUGAAGCAAUGAUGAAAGGCAGUCUCCCGAAAAGACCAAAACAUUCACGUAAAAAAGUGGUCAAGAAGAAGAAACCCAAGCCUACAUUAGUGCUCGAUUCAAGCCUAGAAUUUGAGCCCGAAUAUACAGAAAUCACGCAACAGAAUCCUGUUAAAGUUGCGUUUGACCGUCAAAUGCAUCUCGAAUCUGUAAGAACGUUAUGCCGGUCAAGAUCUUUGCAUGGACCUAUUCAUUUACGAUCUGGGGUCAUUGGUUUAUCAAAAAAACAUGUGGAGAAUGCUUUAAGUGUCCUCCGUUUGGAAGCAGGAGUGGAGGAUGAAGGUGCUCCUCAUCAGGAGGAAAAGUCCUCCAUCCAUGGGAUCUCAUGCUUCACGGACUUUCUCGGAGCCGUAAAACAGGCUCUCGUUUCUGCCCCAAAGUCCGGAGAUAAUCCCAGCUCCUCCGGAAGAGUGUCUCUAAAAACUGAUGUGGAUGCAACUGAGAGAAAUCCAGGGACAUCCGAAGAGCUUUUAGAAGAUCAAAAUGAUAAGAGCUUGGACACCAAAGCACAGAAACCAAAAACCGAUUUAAAAUCGGAAGAAAACUGCUCAGUUUUCACUGCAGUACCCUCUCCACCUAGUCAAGAGGACGUUCAGAACUUUCUCACAGACUCAGGUUUAGAGCAAGGUGGUAGCAAAGAGCCUUUCUACAGCAAUCCGAGAGAUGUACAGACUUCUUCAUUUAGACUCGGUGCUGGUUUACCUACGUAUGUGAAACGACCGAAGGUGCAGGCAUCUUUAAAAGAUAUGAAGGAUUUUGAGUCCACCCUACCCCCGGAGUGCAGCUUAAUGCAUUGGAGAGUUGUGCUUGCUGCUCAUAAAGUUUUCACCACUGGAAACAGACUGGCACCGGACAGGACGUCAGACCUAAUGGAUGUAGUGACCGAUAUGGGUUGUGACCUUAACGCGGAAAAAGCGCUUGUACGACCGCAUGAGGUCACUGUUAUCACCCCUGCUUUACCACCCCCUAGCCAAGCAGAAGUGGGCGCUUGGUUGGAGGAAAAAAAGAGAGAAAAACAGGAAAAAGAUGAGAAAAAGGCUACCAACAAUAAAGCUACUGUUCAAACUGACACAAAGGUUUUAGAAACUGAGAAAAAAAAAAGUGGACCUGCUGAAACAGAGGUAUUGGGUUCGUCAGUGUUGGUGCCUUGUAUUAUAAAAGAAAAAUACGAAACUACUCCAAUACUGAAACGAGUAAAGUCCGUGGAAGAUAGGAAGACAAGAAGAAGAGUCAGUUUUGACUUCACAAAGUCUGAGAGAUCGGAGAUGGUUCCUACAUCCUCUCCUCUCGUGGAGUCCAUGGAUCUGAUCUCAACUCCUCAGUCUGAGGCAUCAGAUGAGAGUGCUUCCUCUGCUUUUCCUCCAAAUCAAGCGACGAAAAUCGUGGAAGAGUCCUCAGAUGAAACGGAGGACUUUUCUCCACUGAUGGUUUCCUCGAGCUCCGACAUUUCUUUCUCCUUCUCAACUCCUGCUGAAAAAGGAUCGAAAUCGAUCGCUUCUCUUCUUGGAUCAAAAGACGAAGAUGAGGAAUAUGAAUCCUUAACUCCUCUUCUCUCCGGUCAAUUUCAACAAGUUGAUGUUGAAAAGUCAGUUGAUGUUACUGUUGUUGUUGAAAAAAAACCAUCAACGCCUGUUGCCCAACCCCAGACCUUUACCCGCUUAGAAAGCACGCCAAACACUGGUAAAAAAACUAACCCUCCUCUCAGAAAGCUUCUAUAUACUCCAAUACCAAAAGAAAAAACUGUAAUUACUCAAGAAACGCCAAAAAUUUACUCAAUUUUGCAGUCUACCCAACCAAUGCAGGAUUUUCCUAGUGUUUCUAAACAACCUGCAAGUCAAAAACGAAGAGUUUCUCUUUCAUUUAAAGACACUCCAGCUGACUCUGAAAUUAUAGGGCCCUCCCUAAGCGACACAUAUGGGUUCCGUGCUAAGCAGGAACACCUGGGGGACGCAAAAGCAUUACAUGAAGUACAACAUGUUACGUUACUUAGCAUAGAGCUGCACUGCAAAACUAGAAUCGAUUUAAGACCUGACCCGGAAAUGGACGAAAUAAGAGCCUUAUUUUACGGAGUACAAACUGAUUCCAGCCCUGAAAUUAUCACUGGAGCAAUUUUAGUUGAUGAGCAAAAAUCGAACCGAAAUUUAUUGCACCGUUCGGGCGUUACAUGCCUCAAUGCAGUAUAUGUGGCUUCGGAAAAUUUACUUUUCGAGGAAUUAGCAUCAAUUGUGUUGCUGCAUGACCCUGAUAUGUUGCUGGGCUAUGAAAUUCAGAUGUUAUCUUGGGGAUAUUUAUUCGCACGUGCCGCCCAUUUAGGCGUUGACCUUUGCCGGGGUAUUUCGCGUGUGCCGGGGGACAAAACGAAAAGCAAAAUGGACGCGGAGGCGGACGCUUACGGAGCCGAUAAUAUGUCUGAGAUCCACGUGGUCGGAAGAGUGAUGCUCAACAUCUGGAGGUUGAUGAGGACAGAACUCGCUCUCUGUGAUUAUAAGUUUGAGAGCGUGGCGUUCCACUUGUUGCAUGAGCGCCACCCAGUGUAUUCGUUUCAAACUUUAACAGCCUGGUUUGACCACUCGGUCAUACGCCACCGAGUGUUGGAUUACUAUAUGUGCCGAGUCAUCGGAAAUUUGAAACUGAUGAGUCAGCAGGAUAUGGUUGGGCGAACAUCGGAGCUGGCAAGGUUGUUUGGGAUUCAGUUUUACGACGUUCUUACAAGGGGAACUCAGUUCCGAGUUGAAAGCAUGAUGCUUAGGAUUGUCCACUCUCAAAACUACGUCGCUGUGAGUCCUAACCAAAUGCAGAGAGCUUACAUGAAGGCACCAGAAUGCAUAGCGCUGGUUAUGGAGCCCGAAUCCCGGUUUUACCACGAGCCAGUGGUAGUGGUUGACUUCCAAAGCUUAUACCCUUCCAUUAUUAUAGCUUACAACUAUUGCUAUUCCACUUGUUUGGGCCGUGUUCAACACCUUGGAAGCCACAACAAUUUUCCAUUUGGAUGCACCUCGCUAAAAGUCCCCCCACGCACCCUGCACAAACUACUCAAGCGUGACGGGGUAACCGUCGCCCCCAACGCUGUAGCCUAUGUAAAAUCGUUCAUCCGGAAAGGCAUUUUACCCACAAUGCUCGAGGAAAUUUUGGAGACUCGAAUUAUGGUCAAAACUUCGAUAAAAAAAUGUGACGACAGUGCCACCAAGAGGAUGUUGGAUCACCGUCAACUUGGGUUAAAGUUAAUAGCCAACGUCACGUAUGGUUACACCUCCGCUAACUUUUCAGGCAGGAUGCCGUGCGUCGAGAUUGCUGACAGUAUUGUUCACAAGGCUCGUGAAACCCUGGAGCGUUCUAUUCGUCUCGUUAACUCCAACCACACCCGCUGGGGUGGCAGGGUGGUUUACGGUGACACUGACAGCAUGUUUGUCGCUUUGAGGCCCAGUACUUCAAAGCAGAGGGCAUUCGAGAUUGGACGAGAAAUCGUGAAAGAAAUAACCAACGCAAAUCCAAGGCCAGUCAAGUUGAAGCUUGAAAAAAUAUACCAACCUUGUAUUCUGCAAACAAAAAAGCGAUAUGUAGGUUACGCUUACGAGUCUGAAGACCAAAUUGAACCAAUUUUCGACGCCAAAGGAAUUGAAACAGUUCGUAGAGACGGUUGUCCCGCUGUUUCAAAAAUACUCGAAAAAUCUCUUCAUACUUUGUUUAAAACAAGGGAUGUCUCCAAGGUCAAAAGUUAUGUAGAACAACAGUGUUCAAAGCUACUAGAUGGGAGAUCCACUGUUAAAGAUUGUACGAUAGCUAAGGAAUACAGAGGUGCUAAGUAUUAUAAACCUGGUGCUGUCGUGCCUGCACUUGUAUUAGCAAGAAAAAUGAUGGCUGUCGACAAAAGAUCCGAACCCAGAGUUGGGGAACGGGUUCCCUACAUCGUGGUGCACGGUGCUCCUGGGACCCCUUUGUUCCAGCUCGUUCACCCCCCGCAGGACCUUAUUAGUGACCUGGGGUUACGACUCAACGGGGCUUAUUACGUCACAAAAAUGGUGUUACCAGCAUUGGAUAGAAUGAUGUCUCUAUUAGGGGUUGAUGUAUUUCAGUGGCUACGUGACAUGCCACGCUCCGGUCGUUUGACGACGCAUCGGUUACAACUUGACCACAAGGGGGAGUGUAGCAGUGCGAGCACGUCUAGAAAGGCCACCAUAUCCCAAUACUUUAAAUCCAAGCAUUGUUUAUCGUGCACCAAACUAAGCAAGCGAUCUCUUUGUUCACGAUGCUUAUCACGUGAUAGUAUCACGUCCGUGAAACUCGUGAUGGAAUCACGUGCAUUGGAAAGGAAGAAAAAUUUAAUUGAUCAGAUUUGCAUGAACUGCACUGGUGCCGCAAGCCCACAAUUAAUCAAAUGCAUUUGCUUGGAUUGUCCCGUGCUGUACAAAAGAUUCAAGCUUAGAAUGGAUGAGAGCAAAGCCGCACAUAUUCGCCACACCCUCACUUCACACGACUUAUUUUAAUUUUUUUUUUUUGAUUUUUGUCACAAUCACGUAUUUCUAUUCUAACACACACUGCCUUUUUCGUUUUUUUGGUGCAGUAUUUUCUUACUUUUUUAUUCACGCCAUUUUGACCGUUACAUUACUAAUGAUGUCAUACCUAUGACAUCACUUCACAAUUUUCUGUAAAUAUUUUCAAAUGUUCCUUACGCUUUCACUGCUGUAGUUUCGCUUAAAUUAUGAUGUCAUAAAGCAUGUCAUUACAUCACAAACAAGGUUACACAAUUUGCCAAUUUUUUUUUUAAUUUCCGAAACUGGUGUUGCAAAAAAUUUUAAGGUGCUUCUGUCACGUCACUAUGACAUCACAAUGGUUGUGUGGUUGCAAGGCAACAUUCUGCACUCAUUCAAAAUCCUCGUUAGCUAAUCAUGAACUUUGUGCCUGCAAAUUGUUACUUAUUCUCGUUUGUGCCCAAGAACAAAAUUAUGUUCUUCGUUCCAGCAUAGUUGUUCUUAUUACAUAACAAUACCCUUA